AUGAUGGCCUCCUCGUCCUCCUCCUCCUCCUCUGACCUAAGCGUAGAUCAUCACCUCUUGCAAGAUGACCUCCCAUGGCCUCCUUCUUCUACCCUGCUGCCGCCACUUGCUCCGGCUCUUGUUCAUCACGCCCACCAAUGGAUCCAUCCACUAAUGCUGGAGCAGUUGAGUUCAGACGAGCUUGAGGCGCUCCUGUCAGCACAAGGACACCUUCAUAACCAUAGCCAGCACCAGCACCAGCAGCUGCUUGCUGCUCCAUUGACAACAAUCCCUCAUCAUCAGCUAAGCUCGCUGCUGAUGAUGCAAGAGCUAGGGUUCCAAUGGAGCAGCAGCUAUGGCGGCACUGUCACAGAGCCGGCGACGACGCCAUCGCAAGAUUCAGUGGUCAAAGAGGAGGUGUCGAGAAUCGCUUACGAUGAGACUAUGGUCGUUGAUGGCGCCGUCGUGCACCCUAGCGUCAACGUCUCCCAACUGCAGGCAGCGCAUGCUUCUGGCUGCAGCGGCGAGGCAUUCGAGAUGGCUGCUGCUUCGGCGAGGCUGUGCAAGAGCCUGCAGGCGAUCCGUAGUAAUGGCGGGAUGGCGCCAUUGGUGGGAUAUUCAGAGGAGCAUGUGGCGUAUGACCCUCCUCCUGUUCAUCAUCGUCUUCAAGGACCGUCCUCCAUUCUCCACACCUACAAGAUGGGUGUGCCUGCUGCUUUCUUGAGCGCAAAUGGGAAUGUACUGCAAGCUGGGAGAUCAGGAGGCCAUGGUCACGACGACGAGCAGCAACUGCAAGUGGUAGCAGUAUCUUCCAAGAAGAAGCCUCGGCUGCUGCAGUCACGCCCCACCAGCAACAACAAUAUCAUCCCUUCUUUCAAAGUAAGGAAAGAGAAGCUAGGGGAUAGAAUUGCUGCUCUUCAGCAACUCGUCUCACCCUUUGGCAAGACUGAUACCGCAUCAGUACUCAUGGAGGCUAUCGGUUACAUUAAAUUUCUUCAAGAUCAGGUCGAGACUUUAAGCGGACCAUACAUGAGAUCAUCAAAACAUAAGAAAGCCAGGACAACACAACAACGGUGCCCAUCAAACACCGGAGACCAGAAGGAGGAAGCAAAGGUUGAUCUUCGGAGUAGAGGACUGUGCUUGGUGCCUCUCUCAUGCACCUCUUACGUCACCAAUGAGAAUGGAGUCUGGGCCCCACCUAAUUUUAGGGAAAACUAGUUAGAGUCAGCUGCAAUUAAUAGAUCAGU